UGUGGUUUGAUAUGGGACCAGGAGGGGAGGAAUGUUUCUGAAAUCUCGCGGGAACUCACGCCGAGCCUGUGAACGUCGAGAGCAUCCUCACGGACUGCUGGGAUGCGAGAGAUCCGGAGGAGAUGGAGACCUUCAUACGUUUGUCCCUGAUUUUGAACGAUCUUGGGAGUCGAGCCAAGAUGUGACUGUCACGGUGCGUCAUAGUUAGGUUCUGUCCAGCCUACACGCUUGUUUCUAUAGCAACAGAAGUAUCAGAGAAGUCCCAUUCCAACAAUGCAGUCCUCCUCUCAGGCCUCGAAGCCACGGCGUUUUGACGCCAGCAGGCGGAACAUUUCCCAAGCUGGAUCCAAGGUUCAUGGUUCCAGUUUUCAGAGAGAGGAUAAAAACAUGAACACCAUCAACAAGACCUCGCCGAGGAGGAUCACUAAAGCUCCUCCUGCCCCGUCCAUGAUCAGGCCGGGUGUGCAGCCUCGAGCUCCGGCCAUCCAGUCCAGACUGAGCUCACAAAAACAGGUUUCCAACGUCUCCAGAGGAGCUAAACCCAAACCCAAAAGCGCUCGUGCAACUACUGUAGUCCCAGCUGCAGCCAAAGCAGCACCUCCUCCUCCGCUCCCCAGUGUCCUCCCUCUUGACCCAAACUGCAAUGAGCCCAGCCUCCCGUGUCUGUGCUGCGAUGGACGUUCUCCGCAGGACAACAACAGCAUGUUCAACCACAACCACAACAACAACAACACCAUCUCUCUCAGACAGCAGAUGCAGUUGCCACCUCCUCCAGGCCCCCUAGCCCCGGUGCAAGAUGGGAAGAGGGCUAAGGAGCAGGUCCCGUCGGAGGCCAAGGCCCACAAGGAGCCUCCUGCCAACCUGGAGAAAGCAGCAGAAAAAGCAGGUGAAGGGGCCGACGUGGAUAACAAGAAGAAGGUCGAGGAAGAUGACGAUGAUGAGAGCAGUGGAGAUGUUGCUAUCGAUGAGGCAGACAGUGAUGACGAUGAUGAUGAUGACACUCUGGUGCCGUCCUGCUGUGACUGCCCCCCAUCUCUUUUGGAGUUCUCGCUCUCCUCGUCUUCCUCCUCAUACUCCACUUCCAUCAGCUCCUGCUCCGAUCUGGAUUCCGACUGUGCCGACCAGUCCGCCUCCAUCUGCUCCUCACACGAUCAGGACAAUCUGUUCAUUGCGCUGGACCCCAGGGAACACUGUCUCGAUCCAGUUCCGGAAUUCCAGCUUUCUGCCCGUUCACCUCCUUCUCUUUCUCUUAAUAAAAAUCCGUUCUCCCGAGCUUCCCGCUCUCCAAGUGCCGAUUACUCCCCAGAUGAGGGCUACCCCUCCGCACUCGACUCACCUUCUCCUGACUUCCUAGGACUCAAAGGUGACUCUGAGGUCAACAAGCUAGGUUUGCUUGACUUCCUGGAGUCCGUAGGGGAGUUUGGUAAAAUGGAGCGCUUCAGCCAGGUGAUCCAAGUGGCUCACUGGGAUCUGGAAGGGGAGCAGCACUGGGAUGUUCUGCGGGACCGUUUGGAUCACCUGGAUCGUCUGGAGAAGGUGAACAGGGAGGUUAAGCUUGCCUACAUCGCCAGACUCCAUGAGAAAGGUUUGGACCUUGGAGAUCUGGAGGAGCAGGACCUCACAGACGUCAUGGACGAAAUGGGAAACAUAGACAUUCCCUGGAAGUUGUACAAAAGCCAGAGUGGAACACUGAGGGACUCUCAGGAGUUUUCCGAUGCCGGAGUUGACCUGACUGCUCCGUCGGACUGCGACGAUCCACUUGUUCCUGACUCACCCUCCCCUGAGGAGCCUCCACCUAGACCACCAAAACCACCGGCACGUCAUGCCAGUGUGACCUCUGACCUUCACACCUACAUCCACAUCAGUAGAGAGAGCUCCUCCACAGGCGUCACCGCCUCCCCCACGCUGGUCACCUUCUCCCCUAACUCCUCGUCCCCCACCUUCACCACGUUCAGAUGUGAGAAGCCUCCCCCUUCGUCUCCACCGUCCGUCCCUCCUCUCCCCGCCUCCAAGCCGGUCUCUUACCUCACCCUCUACACCGCUCCUUCUCCACCUCCGCCCAUCGCCGCUCUUAUUCCUCCCAUUCCUCCACCCAGAAAACGGCACCUUGCCAGGAAGGAGGCCCAGCGCCUCGCUGCUCUUCAAGCUGAGCAGGAGAUGACCCCCGUCUCCCUUCCACCACCCACCACACGCCCUCCCCCUCUGCCUCCUCCGCCCGUUAUUUCAGUCACUUCCUCCUCCUCUCCACCUGCAUCACCACACCCACCCACCUUGCCCCCGCCCCCCUCCUUCCACACUUUAGAUGUGGAGAUUCGGAAGCUGCUGAUGCUGGCCGGACUGACCCAGGCGGAGCUGCUCAAGCUCAGCCCUGAGCUGGGCGUCUGUGUUGGGGGGCUGGAGGAGAAGGAAGCCGAUAAUCUUGUUACAUCCAGAUCUCUGGAGUCACGAGAGUUCAGGUUGCAAGACGGAGGGGAGGAGAGUGAACCUGGUGCAGGCCAGUGUGAUGGAACAGCAAAUACAGCCGAGGGAGGUGAAAAGGAGGACGAGAACAGCAGCGCACAAAGAACCACCUCGUUUACUGAGAUGGCGAGAAGAAGGAAGAGGAACACGAGUCUGAUGGCUGACCAUUACUACAGCUCAAGUUUUAGCAAUUCACACAAAGCCAUGAGCAUCGAGGCUUUCCAACGUCCUAAAGAGCUCCCCCCCAGUUCUCCACCGCCACCUCCUCCUCCUCGUCCUUUGCCUCCAAUCCCGCCUUCGCUGUCACCCCCAAAAGCCAGCACUUUACCAGCCAACUCUGAGCAGCCUGAGCGCUUUGAUUGGCUCAUAGCGUUCACACCCGAAGCCCCGCCCCAGCUCUCAGCCGCGGAGAAGAGAAAAUCUCACACGGAAACCGCCAAAAAGCCGACGUCAUCGGGCUCGCCUGCACGUUCCGGUCCAAGAGUCACGACCUUUAAAGAGCUGCGCUUCCGCAACAAGAGCGCCUCCCCUCCGACGAAGGUGAUAACUGAACCCGAGCCCGACCCCGCCAUCGUCACGCCCGAUCCAGACAUCCUCUACAACUUGAAGUGGAGAAGGGAGAAGGCAGGCAGCGAUGGCAGCCAGUGGGAGUACACCUCCCAGGCUCAAGCCCUGUUGAUGCAGCCGCCGCCAGCCCUCACCUCGAUGGCCGCCCUGCAGGAGAUGCUGCAGAGAGCCGACGCCGAGGGCAGGCAGCCUGAGCUGUGCCCGUCACGAGAGAUCUGCGACAGCAGCCUGUGGAGCACAGGCAAGGAGGAGGAGAGAGGAGAAGUUCAACCAGAGGUAAAAGAAGAGGAGACGGUGGAGGUGAGAGGCCAGGCUGACGGAGGGAGAACGCUCGAGUCAAGAACCACGGUUUCCUCACCCCCACUCCCCCUCGCCCAGUCCUCCCAACCCUACUUCCUGCACCCUGCCCUCCCUUCCUUUCGCCCAGGCUACUGUAGCUCACAGCCUCUUGCAGAUCUCGGCUCCCAGAGACGCGUAGGCGAAGACAAACACUUCGGCAAACACUGGAGCCCCGCUGCCAGCUCAGCUCGUCUCCACGGAGAUGAUUCCAGCUCUGGAUUGAGCGAUUCUCUGGUUGAUUUAGGUGUAGGUUCGCCUCGCUGCUAUGAGGAUAUUUUUAAACGGAGCACACAAUCGGCGAAUCGAAGCUUUACUGAUUCUAGAGCCAACAAAGGGGAGCUUGUGUCUGACUCGGUUUGUAACUUGGACUCCCUCUACAGCAGCGAUUCGGGGAGCCCCCUCGCUGGGUGUGACCCGGUGUUUAGCGGCACCACUGGAGGGCCGGGCUGCUCCACCCCCUAUAAGAACAUAGACGUCAUGAUGACGUAUUUAGACAGCAUCGGCGCGGUGGACUCUCUGUACUCAGAGCGGAGUUCACACGCAGACCGUAACCUCUACAAGGCAAGAACGCACAAAGAGCUCCCCCCACUCCCCACCUAUUACCUGUACUCCCCUAAAAACUGCCCCCUUCACCGAGGGUCCCCUCCUCGCCUCUCUCCCAUCGGAGCCCUCUCUCCUCCCCAGCGUUCCGGAGCCCCCUGCUCCCACCUGAACUCCCCUCUUUUCCCCCGCUCCCAUACCCUACCUGCCCUCGCUGCUCCCCUCUACUACCCAAACCUCUACCCUCCUAUACCACCCAGGCCUCCCCACUUACCCCCAAAACUCUACCAGGGUCCUCUGCAGCCACAUGUGGCGACUGUUCGCAGUGUCUCGUUCGCCGGUUCUGUGCGGCGGAGCGACGCACCCUGGAUGGGCGAGGAUGCGGAGCGUCCAGUCAGAGGUCUGACCUCUCUGUGUCUGCAGGAAAAGAAAGCGCUGGUCGGUGCAGUCGGCGCAGCAGUGGAAGCCAUCUUGGCCCAGUUCAGUUCUUCUCGGACUAUCGUCCAGAAGGCCUUAUCUGGAGACAGCGCCGUAAAUCCAUCUCUGGGCCGCCUGGUGCUGCAGUGCCUCUGCCCCGCCCUGCAUAACUUGCUGACUGAUGGCUUGAAACCUCACCAGAGUGACCUGAUUGCAGGCAGGAGGCCAAACUCUGCCUGGGGUCUGGUCCAAGCCACAGCGAGGCCAGGUCCUAAAACUCAGGCCUUGUUCAACCUGCGAGUCCGAGUGGGCGAGCUGCCCCAGCUGGAACGGAGCAAACACAGGUUCAACGCCUUCCUCCUCGGACUUCUGAACACCAAGCUUCUGGAUUUCUGGCUGUCUCAUCUUCAGUCUUGCUGCGAUGUGCUGGAGGCGUGUUACCAUCCCAGCUCUUUCAUGCGCCUGUCGCUGACCGCCUGUCGACCUCAGUAUGAGGAGCUGCUCCUCGUGCUGCAGCCUCUCAGCCUGCUCACCUUCAACCUGGACCUGCUCUUCCAGCACCACCAUUUGGAGCCGGAUGCUCAGAGGCCGGGGGUCCUCAGCUCUCCCCUUCAGGAGGCCGGGCGACAGCCGGACACACGAGGCCAACCAAACAUCACGGGCAGCAGAUACACAGAGAGCCUUUCUGAAGUAGACUUUGGAAGUCCAGAACAUCCAGAAGCUACAAAGUCUUCAGCUGAUCCAAAGGUUGGAGGGCGGGAAGGGUGUGCACACCCAGACGCUGAACCUGGAAAGGCUUUGUUUACUCUUGGGAAAACGAGUCCUCAGCUGCUGUGGGUGCAGGAAAAGGACAUUGGAGGUUUACCUCCUCCGGAUGCUGAGGAGGACAGCUUCACUCAGCAAGCAGGACAGGCGAUCCAGCAGGGAUGGGGAGCUGUGAUGCGCUGGGGGGGGCGGCUGGGUCACAACCUGUCUGCGGGGAGAAGGGACGAGGCCCAGACAGGAAGUGACUACGCUCCUGUCAGCGGUGGCACUCCCGUUCCCUGGAGUCUGGGGCGACUCUUUGGAGCCUCUAAAAGCCCCAACAGCCCAGCUGGUCUCACCCCCCCAACCAGGCGUCCUUCUCAGUGGUUGGCUCCCGGUGUCACCGCUCUGACCCGAAUGGUGAGCAGCAGUUCUGCUCCGAUACUACGACGGAUCCCUGAGCCCAUUGGAAGGAACAAGUCUGAUUCAGAGAAAGACACAGACACUCUGGAGAUGAAGGACAAACCCAAACCACUCAGGUCUGUUCGAACGCUGUGCCACCACACGGGGACCGGUUCGGAGCUCAGCUUCUGCAAAGGGGAGGAGCUUGUGGUGUUAGGAGGCGUCGACCAAGACUGGAUUCGGUGUCGUCAGGGAAACAAGGAGGGGCUGGUACCUAUUGGCUACACCUCCCUCAUCAUGUGACACUAAAACCGCUGCACUAACUCAGUUAAAGAAAUAAACAAAUGCAUAUAAAAUCUAUACUUAUUUAUAGAAACGUAUAUAUUUGGUGAGUCUUGAGAGGUUGUGAGGUUGCAGCGCUACUCUGAGGGAUAUUUGUCGCUGCUGUUUGAGUUGAGAGCAUAGCGCCAUCUGCUCUGCUUUACUUUCAUCACCAGUCGUUUUCACCAUAUGGGAUGUUUUCCCACAGCAGUCCUCCCAGUGUGGCGACAUUUAACGGCUCUCAUUCAGCAGGAACACAGCAGAUGGUGUGAAAUAAUGACUCAACUCAAAUUUAGACGCCUGGAGGCGCCUCUGAUCUCUGAGUCAAGUAUCCCUUUUUAACGUCUUUCUUAUUUCCUGCCCUCCGCCUCGGCCGCCGAUCGGGAGCCGACGCUCUGCCCCGGCAGACUCGUGCUCUUUCCGAUGGGCGGCUGUGUGCCCGCCGGAGGAGAGAGAAAGCAUGUUGGAGUACCGCGCUGCAGCUUUUGGUGCACACCGCGUAACUAUGUAGUGAACUGUAGCCGUGUAGAUCUGUGUUCUAUCGACCUUUCACCCUUUAUCAGCCUCUCAUCUUUGGCCUGGUUUGUGUGUGUUCCUGUUAUAUAUUUGACCGUAUAAAUAUAUAUAUAAAUAUAUAUAAAGACUACGUGUAUAGCUAAACGAGCAGAGACUGGUAGAUAUAAAGAUAGAUGGCAGAUGAGUGUGGUGUUACAUGAUUGGUCCAUUUCUACUUGUGCAGCUUGCCUCACCCAUCCAGUGAAAGUUUAUUUUAGGUAUAAAAUCCAAUAACUUCCCUCUUGUGUGCUUCGUGUGCUGCCGAUAUAGCUCAGAUGUGUUUUAUUUAUUGUCCCGUGAAUCCUCUGAGUCUAACAUUUACAGCGCGGUGCCGAACUCAUCCCUCGUUUCUUUAAGUUUUACUUCCAAGGAGCUCCUCGUAUGUAGAAGUGAUCCCGACCAAUGUUCAUUCAUGUUUUCUGAAGGUCUUUCGAAGGUUUUCCCAGAACUUUUUCACUUAUUUACAGUGGCGUGUCCGGAUCUUUUGAAAUGGGGUGGCCCAGGUGAGGCACAACUUUGUGCAUGGGUGGCACCACUGGUUAUGCUUUUUUUUUUGUUUUACCCCCCAAGCCUUUUGCGGACAAUGAAAAGCCUAUUUAAAGGUAAAUUAGUGUGGUGGCACCUGGGGUGGCCAAUCAGAUUCCAAGGGUGGCAUGUGCUACCCGGGCCACUCCCUGGACACGCCCUUGCUUCUUUUUCUAUUUAUUCAAUGUUAGUUAUUCAUUUGCAGAUUUUGAAAGGGUAGAGUAUUCAAUGGUUGGUUUUACUUUUAAUUAAAAAAAAAAACAGCAGCAGACUUCUCAACAAUUUAAUUUCAUAAAUAAAAGAGCGCCCUUUCUGGAAGUAUCUCCCGUUAUCCUGAAAGGUAAACGCGGACGCACAUGUGUUACCGGCGGCCAGUUUUACAUCCACUACUUUUUAGAUAUAUAUAUUUAAUUUUGACAUUUCCUUUUUUCUUCUCCACCUGUUUAAUUUGCACGUUUUUAUUGCUAAACAUUGUCAUGAUUUGGUUCAAGGGCUUAAAGUAACACUAAACCUUUUCCUGCUCCUCCGCCCUGCUGGUUGAAAGUGGAAUUACAACUGUCGUAAACAACCCUGCCGGAGCUAGCGGCAACAAUGAGCUAAUGCUAACAUGAGCCAACUAAUACUAAAAUAAACCACAAAGUAAAAAGAUCCACACUGUUGGACAAAAAUAUUAUUACUUAUAAGUCCAGCAGCAACAAAGCCAGGUCACCAUCAGUCCGUGAUUUUGUAGCCUCCUUUAGCUCCCUCCAAGCUAGCUUAGGACGCACCGAUGUUCACUGUGGUUUUAGCUCUUUGCUUCACCUCCAAAGACAUUACUCUCUUACUUUUACUUCCUGGCUCCGCCAAGGUGCGGUAGCACAUUUGCAGUUAGUACAAAACUCAGCCGCUAGGUUCGUGAUAGGCACUAGGCGCAGGGAGCAUAUCACCCCUGUGUUGGCAUCCCUUCAUUGGCUGCCUGUGCAAUACAGGGAAAAAUUCAAGGUCUUGGUACUGGCAUACAAGGCCUUACAAGGAACUGCUCCAGCAUAUCUUGGCAACCUUUUGCAUAGGCACGCCCCCUCGCGGGCCCUUCGCUCAGCCGGCAGGGAGCUGUUGAUCGUUCCACGCACUAUGUGCAGGUCACGGGGGGACCGUGCGUUCUCGGUGUUGGCACCUGCACUUUGGAACCAGUUGCCUUUGGUUGUGUGUCAGUCACCCUCAUUGGGAUUUUUUAAGACUCGCCUUAAGACCAAUUUUUUUGUCAAGGCUUUUCAGGAUUAGCAAAUUUUACCCGGUUUCGAUGCCCCGGCCUCUUAAUCUUUUUCAGGAUUUUAUUUUUUGCUUUUACUCUCCUCUUUUAAUUGAUUUUAUGUUGGUUUUACGAUUGUUAUGUUUUAUUCUGAUGGUUUUAUGUUUUUAUUGUGCCGUGUUCAGCACCUUGGGCGUCUGCAUUGGUCGCAGAAGGGGCUUUAUAAAUAAAUGAAAUGAAAUGAUGCCAACAGAAAAACCUAAUUUCUUAUUUUUUUCUAUCUGUGCUUUUUAUUGGCCAUUGGCGAACUGAAAAUGCCAAUCGCAAGCGUUACAGCUAACCGCCGUAAAGCAGGUAAAGGGCCCCCCAUAGAGGACCUACCCACUCCACUGAACUAUCAAAUAUGGUUUUUGGCCAGCAGAGGGCAGCAGAGUGGUGUCAAAUAUGAAACUGGUCAAGUUUCUACCUCAACAAUCACUGAGAUCAACAUUAUAUCUUAGCUUAAAGUUAAAAAAAACUAUUUAGUGUUACUUUAAAAUACAGUAAAAUGCAAAAAAAAAAACAAUGUUCAAAGACCUACGAAAGCCCGAAGAACUACAUUUAAAUGCCAUUCUGAAAGAUCUCAUGACUUUUGGCUUUUUCGAAGUAAAGUUUAAAGAAAUCUGGAGUAUUUCAGAACUUUUGCAUGUCCUGUACAGCUACACACGCACCUAGUAAUUAAAGAGAAUAUCAGACAACAGCAAUUUGCAGCUCAAUUAGUGGUUGAAAAAACCUGAUUAAACUAUCUUCAGCUCUUAAUCUGAGAUUAAAUCCCAGAUUUUCUGGAACUCCUGGAAGUUUCGGUGAAUCCUGCAGCUUUGGUGGCUUUUUCUGAUCAUAGUUGAUGUUAAUGGAAGUGGCCGUGGUUUUAUCCAGAUGCUGCUCACAUGAAACGUGUUGCUUUGUGCCAUAUAUUGAUUUGUUUGUUCUCUAUAUUCUGUAUGGAUUACUAUGCAUCUGCGUAAGUGUUUCAGCUGUUUUUGCUCAUCAACGAGCCAAACGCUUAGUUUGAUGGUCCAUCCGAGGCGUUGAGGCGGAGGAAGCAGGAAUGCUUUCGUUGGCGUUGAAAAACAAAUCAGGGACAUUUCAGCUCUUCUUGUUUUAUCGUGAGAGUGCUAUGUAGCAUGAGAUUAUUGGCGCUAUGGCAACAGUCCAGUAGCAGCGAGACAAUAAACCGUUUCUCAUCAUGUAAAUAAUCAUCACGACAAAACGGCGUCAAACUGAAAGUAAUAAGAAAUUAUGUCGACUUAUAGAUUGAACAUUAGUAAAAAUAUUACAGUUUUUUUUAAUAACAUGA